AUGAACAACACUUCAUCGACAGACAUUGUUGAAUGGAAUCAAUUGUGGCAUGCAGUUCGAGAAAAUCCAGAGGAUUUUCAGUCCUGGGAACAACUUAUUCGAGUUGCUGAAUUGACUAAAGGAACAACUACUCUCCGUAAUGAGUCUCAAGUGGAAACAGUCUAUGACAGUUUUCUGACAAAGUUUCCACUCUGCUUUGUCUAUUGGAAGAAAUAUGCAGAUUGGAAGAUGGAUAUAUAUGGGGAGGCCGAGGCAGAAAAAGUUUAUGAACGAGGAGUUUCUGCUAUUCGAAACUCGAUUGACCUAUGGAAUCAUUAUUGCGACUUUGCACAAAAUCAACCUGGAAAGGAUGUUCGAGAAUUAUUUGAACGCGCAGCCAAAGACGUAGGUCUUGACUUUUUCUCACAUCCUUUUUGGGACAAGUACCUUGAAUAUGAAGAAAUCCAUGGCACUAGUUCUCUGAGCGUACUUCAUCUAUUGGAUCGUAUAGUUGUAAUCCCAAUGCAUCAAUAUGCUCGUUAUUAUGAAAAGUGGCGCCAAUUGAGAAGCACUCUUUUGCUAGAAGACGCCUUGGGCCCUGAUGUAUUAGAGAUACAGAUGGAAACCAUCAAAAAAGAAAAGUGUGACAUCUCCGAAGAUGAUAUGAAAAAAGCAUUAAGAGUUCGUAUGGAGGACGAUGAACAAAGUGUGUACAACAAAACUCAAGAAGAAACCAACAAGCGAUGGGUGUUUGAGGCAGAGAUAAAACGAACAUACUUUCAUGUGAAGCCGCUUGACAAACCCCAGCUACUCAACUGGAAAAAAUACUUAGACUUUGAAGAAUCAGCUGGGAAUUCACAGCGUAUCAAGGCGCUUUACGAAAGAUGUCUUGUUUCUUGUGCAGAAUAUGAAGAUUUCUGGUUAUGUUAUGGCCAUUGGUUAAUAUCCCACGAAUUUCUGGAAGAGGCCAAAAUAGCAUACGAGCGGGCAGUCUACACUUUUCUAGCCAGUGACAAGUUUAAGAUCAAGAUUGCGUUGGCUUGCUUACUUGAGGAAGAAGACAAUAUUGAAGAAGCAAGAAAGAUAUACAGCACUACUUUAGAGAAGUAUCCAAACCAGACAGAAACUAUUCUCAAUUAUAUUUACUUUGAGGGUAGACAAAAUUCGCAGCAGUUUGAGCCUUUAAUCAAGAAAUACAUCGACUCUGCCACAUUAGAUAACUCGUCAAAAUCAUACUUUAUUGUUCAAUUGGCAAGACAUUACCAGCAAAAUGGUCAAUCUGACAAGGCACGAGAUAUUUACUUAUCUGUCACACAACAAUAUCCAGAAAGCAAAUAUGCCUGGUUAAAUUAUAUAAAUUUUGAGCAGAAUUACUUUGACCUUAAAGCGAAAGAGGAACAUAUCCAGCUGGCUUUUGACAAGGCCCGUAAUUGUAAAUCGCUAGAACCUGAUUUUCGAGCUGAUGUUCUCCAUCGAUACAAAAAGUAUAUUUUGGAACGUGGGCUGUCAGUACGAUUACUCAAUCGAGUUUCGCCCACGUUGUCGCAAUUGAGUGGAGAGUCUGGUAUUAAACGUGGAGCAACAGAAGAGAAUCGAUAUAUUCCUUACCCAAAGCAAGCUCGGUAUGACUCUACUCCUACGAGUUCAGCAAAUAUCACUGUACUUGCGUCUGUGCCUAUUCCGAAUGACAUAUCUUCUACAAAAACUGAUCCGGCGUCAUAUUAUUCUGGUGCACACACAUAUGGAUAUCCGUACCAAGCGCAAGGCUCUUAUGGAGCUGAUUAUUAUGGUCAUUCAGCAGCGAACUGGCAAGGUUAGAAGGUGCAGAGCUCAAGAUAUAUAUAUAUAUAUAUAUAUACGUAAAAGCACAAAUUGUAUAGAAAUAAAUAAACC